AUUAACAAUAAAUAUAAUUCUAUAAGUUUAAUUCAAACUCAAAUUUUUUCUCAAAAUUAUUAUUGUCUAUGGAUAUGGAUCUUCAUCCUACACCAUUUCCAGGUAAAUUUCAAUCUGUGAAAUCAAGAUUCAAUAAAAACAUCUCAAAAGCACCAAAAAUCCAAUCCAAAGAACCAUCCAUUCCCAGGCAAAACAGAGUUUUUGGCACAAUUCGAAGCACGAAUGUUCCAACGAAAACAGUUGUUGGAAAGCCAUUAGCAAAAUCAUCAUCUGGUGUUUCUCAAAAACAACUCAAAUCACCAAAAAAGUCUCAAUCUUUAACUGAUUCUGCAGUAAAUACAGUAACGGAAAGCGCCAAGAAAGAAGAAAACAGAGCAAAAACAAGAAAGAAAAGUGUUUGUUUUCGAGAAAACAGAGAUGUUGCUGUUGAGCCUAAAACACCGGUGAAAUCGCCUGUUUUGGCGAAGCCUCGACUCUCUGGAAGCACAACUCCAUUUCACAGUGCUGAGAAAUGCAGCAAAUGCAGAUUUGAUAGAUUGGAAACGUCGAGUUAUUGGCUUUCUCAGAUCAAACUGGCUGAAAAUGUUGAAAAACACUCUGUUUCUGCUGUUUUUUUUCAACUGGCUUUUGAUAUCAAAGCUGAGCCCUUUCGAAACAUUUUGUUGGAAUUGAAAAGGUAUCUACGAAGACACACGCAUUUAUCCGAGGGCAAAGAGUGGAAAGAGGUUUGUUUUAGCUAUGGUUUAUUGAAGGAUGAGAGCAAUUCUAAGGACAAAAUUGGAAAUAGUAGCAAGAAUAAGGAGAUUGAAAAAGAAAAAGAAGAAGAAGAAGAAGAAUUAAAGUGGUUGAAUUUGGAAGUUGAUGAAGAAUAUAGUAUUAUUCAAGAAGGAAAUGAAGUUCCAUUUUCAUUAUUGUGUUGAAUAUUAUGUACUAAAGUUAUAGUAUUUGUGUUUACAUAUUAUAUAUAUAUGAAUGUAACUUGUAGAUUAGUAGUAAUAUGUUUUGGUUUUGUUUUGAAUUUGGUUUGUUCUCGUAGAUACACGAUCAGACCUCUAUGUAACAGUUAUCUUUUAUAACAAUUAUUUAUGUAACAGUUAUCUUUUAUAACAAUUAUUUUUGUUGC